AUGUUUCGCUUACUUUUAUUGGCUUUAUGCUGUGUUUCGCUAAUAUCUUGCUCACCAUCGAAACAUUAUGUGGUUAAAUUGGACGGAACUCAUCCUGUGGCAGAACGAAAUACCAGAUUACAGAUACGUUACGCAAACUUUGCGUCAAUUGAAAAUCGUAUUAUAAAUGGUACUGAUGAUCCACCAAAUGAGGAUCCAUGGGUUGCUCGCAUUAUCUACCAUUAUGAUGUAUCCGACGGUUAUAUUCAUGUUGGAAGUGAUUGUGGAGGUAGUUUAAUCUCACCCUAUUGGGUGUUAAGCGCGCGACAUUGUUUUUAUGAUGAAAAGGAACAAACUAAAUUAACUAGUAAUAAAUGGUGGGUAAGUGUUGGGAACGUAGAUUUUUUUGUCGGUCAAAUUAUACCUGUAGUCGAAAUUCAUACAUAUAAUUCAAUUAGUAACGCUGAUGAUAUAGCCGUCUUAAAAUUAGAACAUGAUGCUAAUGGCAUUCAACCAAUUCCUAUUCAAUAUGAAGAUAAUAUAGACUAUUCAUUCAAUUUGGCAGCAAUUUAUGGAUGGGGCAGAACACAAUCGAGCACAUUUUCAGAAAUAUUGCAAGUAGCAUAUGUUUCAUUACUUGGACCAAACAUAUGUGCUAAGAACAAAAUCUGUUUCGAUCCGACAAUAACUGAUACAAAUGCAUGUAUUGGAGAUAGUGGUGGUCCAAUGGUGCAUGAUCAAAGUGGAAAAUUAAUAGGAAUAUCAAAAGCGGUGUCAGUUACGAAUGAUCAACUAUGUACCGGUCAUAUAACAUAUUACACGAGCACAGCGUACUAUGGAACUUUUAUUCAAAAUUUAAUUGGCUAAAUGAACAGUUUACAAAUUAAAACUAGAAAUAAGACAAAAAACAGGCUUAAAAAAUCCAAAUGAAGUUUUUUCAUCAGGAUUAUCUUUAUUUAGAUGCAAGAAAUGGCCUAUAAAAAGUUCAUUUCAAAAUUAUGUGCUCAAAAAAAAUUAUUCAAUGUCAAAGCUCAC